GGCGCGCACCAUGAACUCGUGGGACGCGGGCCUGGCGGGGCUGCUGGUGGGCACGAUGGGCGUCUCGCUGCUGUCCAACGCGCUGGUGCUGCUCUGCCUGCUGCACAGCCCGGACAUCCGCCGCCAGGCGCCAGCGCUCUUCACCCUGAACCUCACGUGCGGGAACCUGCUGUGCACCGUGGUCAACAUGCCGCUCACGCUGGCCGGCGUCGUGGCGCAGCGGCAGCCCGCGGGCGACCGCCUGUGCCGCCUGGCCGCCUUCCUCGACACCUUCCUGGCGGCCAACUCCAUGCUCAGCAUGGCCGCGCUCAGCAUCGACCGCUGGGUGGCCGUGGUCUUUCCGCUGAGCUACCGGGCCAAGAUGCGCCUCCGAGACGCUGCGCUCAUGGUGGCCUACACGUGGCUGCACGCGCUCACCUUCCCCGCCGCCGCGCUUGCCCUGUCCUGGCUCGGCUUCCACCAGCUGUACGCCUCGUGCACGCUGUGCAGCCGACGGCCCGACGAGCGCCUGCGCUUCGCAGUCUUCACCGGCGCCUUCCACGCUCUCAGCUUCCUGCUCUCCUUCGUCGUGCUCUGCUGCACGUACCUCAAGGUGCUCAAGGUGGCCCGCUUCCACUGCAAGCGCAUCGACGUGAUCACCAUGCAGACGCUUGUGCUGCUCGUGGACCUGCACCCCAGUGUGCGGGAACGCUGUCUGGAGGAGCAGAAGCGGAGGCGGCAGCGAGCCACCAAGAAGAUCAGCACCUUCAUAGGGACCUUCCUUGUGUGCUUCGCGCCCUACGUGAUCACCAGGCUGGUGGAGCUCUUCUCCACGGUGCCCAUCGGCUCCCACUGGGGGGUGCUGUCCAAGUGCUUGGCCUACAGCAAGGCCGCGUCCGACCCCUUUGUGUACUCCCUACUGCGACACCAGUACCGCAAAAGCUGCAAGGAGAUUCUGAACAGGCUCCUGCACAGACGCUCCAUCCAUUCCUCCGGCCUCACCGGUGACUCUCACAGCCAGAACAUUCUGCCGGUGUCUGAGUGAAGGACCACACUCCUGCUGAAGAGUUUAGAAUGAGGCAGCGGUGAGAAGAAGGGAGGGAGGGCGUGGAGGCCCCUGGGUGAACACCACCAGCUGCCAGCCCCUGGUUGGCGUGAUCCUGGUUCCCUUGCUUGUAGGGGCUCCAGAGCCUGCUUCCUGGUUCCUCAAGGGCAGACAUUGGACAGUCCCUAUUUGUCACCAAAGGAUGACUAUGGGCCAUGUGCUGGCCUUUUUAAGAAGCUCCUGGACUCACCUGAGGCUCCCUGGGGGAUGACACUCAGUUCUGUAACUGUCAAGGAUGAAGAGAGCUGUUGGCAGGUAGGAAGCAUGGUGUCCACCUGCCUGCUGACCACUGGAUGCUGCUCCAUGCUGAAGAAAAGUGACAGUCUCCAGAGGACAUUUCAGCCAUGCCAAAGGGAGGCUGGUAGUGGUCAUUUGGCCCGGAUCUAACAUGGCACCUCAUCUCCACAGGGUAAUGGUGGCUGCUUCAAUCCAAAUAUUAUUCAGCUGGUACUAACGACAUUGUGCCCAGCUGGGACUCUUGGGCUCUGUGCCUGAGGGAAAAUGUUUCACAACUAGCAGCUGCCCAGUUGCUGCUGGCCAGUUGUCUUAGAAAUGGUCAGUUGGAUUCAGCUUUGCCCUCUCCUUCCCCCUAAAAGCGAAUGUUUAUGUGUGCAGACAAUCCUAGCAUGAAAAUGCUUUAGAUAGGCUGGUCCUACACGUAUUAGGUUCUUUCAAGUUUGACUGGGAGGUCACCUUCUGAUUUACACGUCCUCGUUGUUGGAGCUCAGUAAAGGCAGGAGGAAGGUGGCUGGUUGUUCCCCCCUUCCCCUGUUUGUGACCUGAUUUUUCAGGAAGUGUUUCGCCUUGUCUUAUGCAUCUUGUCUGGCAUGUCCUGGGAGAUGGAUGAGCAAGAGCUGGCCUGAGCAGGGAUUUCUGCCUUGAUUUUAAGUCACUGGGUCCCACUGUCCUGGCGCCUCCGUCUUCCUGGUUUCUGCAAGCCUAUUAACAGAAAGUAGAGGCUGUUCACGGAAGUGCCCUGUGCUAAUGAUGAGACAACGAGAUUUUUAUAGAGUACCGCACCUGUAAUACACAUGCCGAUCUGUUAGCAGCCCUGACCUGAUUUAAUAAAAACCAAGGAGAGCA